ACGGAAAAGCAACCCAAACACAUCGAAUAACCUUCAGAAGCUUGAUCAAUUUCUCUCGUUGUGACGUCGCUGUUGUUCACCAGUUCGCAACAAAUCCAAAUCUAACAUUCGGUUUACAAUCCAAUUCAUCUCGUAAAUCUCCAAACAAUUCAUCACUUGCUCAAAUCAACCAUUCAAUUCGACUUCAUUUCAUGUUGCUUUGAUCGAUUGCAAUGGCUCAUUGGCUCAAAGCCGCUGAAGAUCUGUUUGAAGUUGUAGAUCGGAGGGCAAAGCUUGUAGUUGGAGAUGAACAACCAGAUUCACAGCCACCAGCUUCCAAUGGACAAGGAUCUAAAGCAAAGAGUAAAAAGUUAAAAGCAAAGACUACAAAGGAUAAAUCUUCAAAUGAAACACCUGCAAAGGUUGAUACUUCAUUAAAUAGAACUACCUCCGGUGCAUCAUUGUCAAAAGUCUCUUCUGAUAAAGAUUUACCUACUGCUUCGACUGAUAAUCACGGGAUUACAACUAACGAGGAGCAACACAAAGUUAAUAACGAUAUAUCCAAAUCAGAUGUUCCUGUGCAUGAUGAAGAUACAGCAACCGAAAAUAUCAAUCAAGAGGCUGCUCCACCAAUCUUCAACGGUAAUCAUGUUAAUCCGGAUUCUUCAAAUCUUGGUGAGGAGGUCUUGUCAGCACAGGUAACAUUUGAAGAGACUGAAGCCGACAAAAAACAUACCACUGAUACCAGUCAAGAUGUCGUAUUGAAAGAUAAAGGAAGUGCGAUAGUGAUCAACAGAGAGGGAUCUCAAUCGUUAGAUUCAGAUACACCUUCAAAAGUUAAUUCACCAAAAGUUAGCGACAUCAAAAUUGAACAUGAGCUACAUGAAAACAAACUUGUAACUUCCCCAAAGAAAGUACAAGAUCAACUUGAAUCCCCAAAGAAAAUACAAGAUGAUCCUGGUUCCCAAAACAAAGUGAAAGAUCAGGCUGAUUCCAUGAAGAAAGUACAAGAUCAGCCGAGGAAAGUACGAGAUCAGCCUGGUUCCAUUAAGAAAGUGGAAGAUCAGCUUGAUGAGGCGAAGGGGCUGCUUGAAAGUUCAAAAACUACUGGCCAGUCAAAAGAGGCUAGGUUGGCACGGGUUUGUGCCGGGCUUUCAUCACGCCUUCAAGAAUACAAAUCAGAAAAUGCACAAUUGGAGGAACUUCUUGUAGCAGAGAGAGAGCUAAGUAAAUCAUACGAGGCGCGCAUACAACAAUUGCAAAAAGAACUGUCUUUAUCAAAGGAGGAAGUGAACAGAGUGGAGUCGAGUAUGUUGGAGGCCUUGGGUGCAAAGAAUGCAGAAAUCGAGGCACUUUCCAGUUCCAUGGACACACUUAAAAAGCAGGCUGCUUUAUCUGAAGGAAAUUUGUCAUCAUUGCAGGCAAACAUGGAGUCGAUAAUGAGGAAUAGAGAGCUGACCGAAACAAGGAUGAUGCAAGCUUUAAAAGAGGAGCUUGCAUCUGCAGAACGAAGAGCAGAAGAAGAACGUGCUGCACACAAUGCUACCAAGAUGGCUGCAAUGGAACGGGAAGUCGAACUAGAACACCGAGCUCUUGAUGCAUCCACAGCCUUAGCCAAGCUCCAGCGAUCUGCUGACGAAAGGACUGCAAAAGCGGUAGAACUUGAGCAGAAGGUGGCACUACUUGAGGUUGAAUGUUCCAGUUUAACUCAAGAACUGCAAGAUAUGGAAGCUCGUGCUCGCCGGGGCCAGAAGAAGUCUCCAGAAGAUGCCAAUCAAGUAAUUCAGAUGCAAGCUUGGCAAGAAGAAGUGGAACGUGCUCGUCAAGGCCAGAGAGAUGCUGAGAGAAAGCUGUCUUCUAUGGAGGCUGAAGUUCAAAAAAUGAGAGUGGAAAUGGCUUCCAUGAAAAGGGAUGCGGAGCAUUAUUCACGCCAGGAGCAUAUGGAGCUGGAGAAACGGUACCGGGAACUUACGGAUUUGUUGUAUUACAAGCAAACACAGUUGGAAGUAAUGACAAGUGAAAAGGCGGCAGCAGAGUUCCAAUUAGAAAAGGAGAUGAAGCGUAUUAAAGAAGCUCAGGUAGAAGUAGAAAGAAGCAGAGUCCCUCGACGCGCAUCAGCAAGUUGGGAACGGGAAGAAGACACUGACAUGAAAGCCCUUGAGCCUCUCCCCUUUCAUCACCGCCACUUGGUUGGGGCAAGCAUACAGCUUCAGAAGGCUGCAAAAAUUUUAGACUCUGGUGCUGUCAGGGCUAUGAGGUUUCUAUGGCGAUAUCCUUUUGCACGAAUUUUCCUCGUCUUUUACAUGGUAUUCGUGCACCUCUUUAUGAUGUAUCUGCUGCAUCGGCUUCAGGAGCAAGCAGACACCAUGUCGUCAAGAGAAAUUGCUGAAUCUAUGGGACUUGGGAAUCAUACCUUACCCUGAUAAGUUUCUUUAGCAUCUCAACACUGCCAUUUAAAUUGCAUAUUUUCGGUUUUUUAAGUGCAGCCCUAUAUGUUAUAAUGACUGAAUUACCUAUAUUUCUGUUAUCCCCCUUGGUUUUAAAAUCGGGAUUUGAAAGGGUUAGUGAAUACAAGUGCAGGAAUUUGAAUUUUUUUUUCUUUUCAUUUACCAAUGCCUUUGAUGCGCAUAUGAUGUCAGCUUUUAGUUGUUGAUGUAACUAUAAAUAACUGUAAUUUGUGCUAAUGUAAAAUGAGUUGUUCAUGCU